UUUGUGGUUGAAGUUCAGCCGAAAACAUGUGUAUAUGUGCCAUCGGAAGAGACUGCCAGCAACGCAUAGUUUCAGAUUAAAGAAGUCAUGGUUUGAUGGAAAAACUGAACCAGGGAUAAAGGGAAGAAUAUUGACUGGAAAAGAAAUUUCUCAAAACCUGAAAAAUUUCAAAAAUGAUUUUGGAAAUCUGAAACGAUCUGGACGCAAGAGAAAAAAGACUGAGUCUAAUGGUAUGGAGUCUGAUGACGAGGAGUUAUCAAGUGAGUCGGAAGAUGAUGAAGAAGAUGAAGUAAAUGUAGAUGAGGAUGAGUUAUCAAGAUGGAAGAAAAGGUCUAUAUUUUUCAAGUUACCGUAUUGGGAGGAUCUUCCUGUGAGGCAUAACUUAGAUGUUAUGCAUGUAGAAAGGAAUGUGGCUGCAAGUAUUCUUUCUACUGUGUUACAUUGUAAGAAAUCAAAGGAUGGUCUAAAUGCCCGUAAAGAUCUGGAGUAUCUUGGUAUUAGAAAGGAUUUGCACCCUAGGAUUCAAGGGAAAAGAACAUAUCUACCUGCAGCUCCUUGGUCUCUAUCGAAGAAAGAGAAAAAAUUUUUAUGUAGUCGUCUUGUUGAUUUCAAAGGACCAGAUGGAUACUGCUCAAACAUAGCAAGAGGCGUAUCUGUAGAUGAAUGUAAAGUGACAGGUCUGAAAUCACAUGACUACCACGUAUUAAUGCAACAACUCCUUCCAGUUGCACUUAAAGGUUUGUUACCUAAAGGUCCUAGGCUAGCAAUUGUACGCUUAUGUGCAUUCUACAACCAAUUGUGUCAGCGAGUAAUUGAUAUGGAGCAGAUUGUGGUAAUGGAAGCUGAGGUUGUUGAAACGAUAUGCAUGUUUGAAAGAUUUUUUCCGCCAAGUUUCUUUGAUAUCAUGGUUCACUUGACGGUUCAUCUUGGAAGGGAAGCUCGGUUAGGUGGACCAGUCCAGUUUAGAUGGAUGUACCCUUUUGAAAGGUAUAUGAAAGUUCUGAAAGACUUUGUGAGAAAUCCUGCAAGACCAGAGGGGUGUAUUGCUGAGUGUUAUCUGGCUGAAGAAUGCGUCCAGUUUUGUAGUGAAUUCUUAAAGAAGUCUACAAACGUACAGGAAAAACUAGAUAGAAACACUGACUAUGAGAAUAGUUCUAUACUAGAGGGUCGUCCUAUAUCCGCAGCCACUUCCAUAACUCUCUCAGAAAUGGAUAAGAAAAUAGCUCAUCUUGCUGUCAUCCAAAAUAUGGCUGUCGUCGAACCUUAUAUCGAUGAGCACCUUCAGCAUCUACAAGACACCAAUGGAAGAUGCCGACGUGAUGCAUCAGUUUUAUGGGCUAUGCAUUCUGAGAAUUUUGCAUCUUGGUUAAAACAGCAGGCAAGUUACAUCAAAUCUACUAUUUUCUGUUGUUAUUUCAUGUUUUUGUGUGUAUGUGUCUGAUUUGUUAUAUUUUAUUUCUCGUAGAUACCAAUUGAUUCAGACAGACAUGGAGAAGUUUUAAAAUGGUUGGCUUACGGUCCACGUUAUAUGGCACGGUCAUAUACAGGUUACAUAGUGAAUGGUCAACGGUUUCAUACAAGUUUAGUUGAUAGGAAAAAUCAGAAUAGUGGGGUUUUCUAUGAGGCAACAGCAGUCUGUAGGGCUAGUGCGAAAGAUACUUCACAAGUGGUUGAUUUGGUAUCUUACUACGGCAGAGUGAUAGACAUCAUACUAUUAGAUUAUAAUGUUUUUUAUGUUCCUCUCUUCCGGUGUCACUGGGCAGUAAUGGGUAAUGGAGCUAAGAUAGAAGAUGGUUUCACACUAGUUAACAUGAAUCAUAGUCAAGUCUCUUUUUUAAAAGAUCCAUAUAUAUUAGCAUCGCAAGCAAAGCAGGUGUUUUACUUAAGGGAAGACGCAGAAUCAAGUUGGCAUGUUGUUAUGCAAGUUCCUUCAAGAAGAUAUAAUAAAGAUUUGGGUGAUGGAAUUGCAGACAUUGGACCAUUACCAGCAAAUGUGGACAUGGAUGUUCACAUGGAUGAAUCUGAAAAUGCCCGAACUGAUUGUGAAGGCAUAUUUGUCUGAAAUGGAGUCUGUUUGUCAUUUACAUUGUUGUUGCUUUAUUUGCUAUGUCUGAUGACUACUUGGUAAUUAUUUUAUUUUUAGUUGUGUUUGUUUGGCAUUCACAUUCUUGUUUUAUUUGCUACGUCUGUUGACUGCUUG